CUCGAGGGAUCUCGAGUUGCGGAGCAGCGAGAAGCGGCUGCGGCUAUAGCAGAUAGAUGUCGCUGCACGGCAAGAAGAGGCGCAUCGUCGUCUCCUCCUCUGACGAGGAUGAUGAGGGGCCUGCCGCCGCUCCAAAGCAGCGGAAGCGGAGGAGUGAGCCGGCGACUGCGGCUGAGAUCCUGCGCGCCGCCGAAGCGUGCAAGCGAGACGUGCUGGCCGCGUUCCCAGAGUACAAGCCGGCGCUGCGCGGCGUCGCCAUCGAGGUGUCCUCGCGGAUGCAAACCUCCGGCGCCAAGACGAUAUUUAACGCGGAGACGCUGCGGCCGCGCUGCGUGCGCAUCUCCUCGCAGGUCUUUGGCGAGCGCGAGAAUUUGGAGACGGCGCUGUCCGAUGUGGUCAGGCACGAGCUGGCGCACGCCAUCGCGGGCCGCGAAGCGGCGCACGGGAAGGAGUGGCGGCGCGUCUGCCGCCGCAUCGGCGGGAGCGCUGCUCUCUACCACACGCUCUCCUGCCAGGGCUGCCAGGGCGACGACCAGGAGCCACCGCAGCGGGGCAGAGCGCAGACGCCGGCGGCAACAGCGCAGCCACGUGCGCGAGCGCGAGGCUCCGGCAAAAGGUCGGCUGGCGCAGACCGGGACGCGCGGUGGAGGUCGGCGUCUGACUCGCUGAUCUCGCGGCUGAUCCGGUUCUGAGCGGGGCUGUGCGUUUGUAUUUUAAGGUGUCACACGAGUGUUACGGUCGAUGAGAAGGAGAUAGGUGUGAAGGCGUGUGGAAGGUAAGGUAGAGCCGUAAGUGGUAAGGACUCGUAAGGUCAGGU